UCGAACAAAUCGCCGAUUCUUCUGUCGACAAAAGUCGCAGGGCUUUGAAUUUGCCAAUGGUUCUUCUUUCUCUAUGAGCACGGGAAGACAUAAGCCGCCGCAGAUCGAGGAGUUUGUGGGUUGAUCCAGUUGGGCAGAUCGUGAGGCGAGAGUGGGGUUUUGGAGGGUCGAAUCGAGUCGAGGUGGUGGGUUUUAGCGGGUCAAAUUGGAGCCAUGGCCUGCCAUUCUUUGUGGCUGAAUUGCCCUGUUGGGCCUACAGCACGUCUCAGAUGUCUGGCGUCAGCUCCGAAGAGCUCCUCUGCGAAGAGUGCGAGCUGUGAUGAUUUGCGGGUUAGGCUUGCUCGUGUUGGGAGGGAGGCUCCGCGUUCUCAACGAUUGGGGAGGAAUGCGAUGAAGUCCCAGCGAUGUUUUUCUGCUUCCAAAGAUUGGAGGGAUGAUUAUGUUGCCUCGACUUCAGCUUCUUCGUCUUCUUCGUCCUCGUCUUGGGUCGAUAAUGACGAUGCCGAUACGGUCUUGGAGGACCUUCCUUUCGAGGGUUCUCCCGAAGGAUCUGUUAGCUUAGAUGGCGAGAAGAGAUCAGAGCUCAUGAAGGAAGUUCUGCAGCGCCUCUCGGAAGAAGACCUUGAAGAAGCAGCGAAGAAAUAUAAUUACGAGGACGAACUUUUUGCUCAAAUAGACUUUGCCCAGAUCAAUACGUUUACAAACAAGCCAUUCAAAGGCAACCCAGCGGCAGUGUGUUAUAUCCCAUAUGAGAGGAACGACGAAUGGUUUAAGCUUAUCGCCAAGGAAUUCAAUCUACCUGCCACUGCCUUUGUUGUAAAGCGCCGACCUAGUAAAUCACCAAGGUUAUCAGAGGGUGGAGGCUCUCCACUUAUUGCUGUAGACGAAACAGGAAAUGAUUUGAAGUCUGUAAAGAGGAAUACAGCUCCGAUAGAAAAUGAGUUUGACAUCAGGUGGUUCACAACCAAUUCUGAGUUGGAACUUUGUGGGCAUGCAACGCUAGCAUCAGCACACAUGUUAUUUUCGUCCGGCUUGGUGGAAGGAGAUACCAUAAUAUUUCACAGUAAGACAGGAACUUUGAGAGCGUCGAAAGUUGCAGGAUAUGAUGACGAAAAUAGCGAGGAUGUACCAGUAGAGGAUGGCGAUGAGGACGAGAAAGUACAGUAUCCGAAUAGAGUAGAGUUAGGGAAAGGUGUUGUAGAGCUGGAUUUUCCACUGAACAUGGCCACAGAAGUCGAUAUCUCAGAGUCGGAAAAAGUUGCAGAUGCCAUGGGAGCGAAAGCUGUCUGGGUCGGCAGAACAGAAAUUGGCGAUUACCUUGUGGAGCUUUCAUCCAGUAAGGAGGUAGUACAGUUGCAACCGAAUGAACAGAAGAUGAAGGAAUUAGGUGCAAGAGGCUUCAUUGCCACAGCAAGAGCAUCAGCCGAUAGUGAGUUUGAUAUAGUAUCACGGUUUUUCGCUCCCAGUUUAGGCAUUACUGAAGAUCCUGUCACUGGUAGCGCUCACUGUACACUAGGUCCUUACUGGGCUGCAAAGCUUGGGAAGGAGAGCUUGGAGGCAUAUCAAGCCUCGGAACGUGGAGGUCACAUCUCAGUGCGAGUAGACGAAAAAUCUGGUCGCGUAUAUCUUCAAGGUGGUGCAGUUCUUGUAAUGGCUGGCACACUUCUCAACACAUUCUUCACGUAAAUUGGUCCGUUGUCAGGGCACCUUCAGCUGAAUGGUAGAUGGAUCUGGCAGCAUGCUUAGCAUGAUGAGUAGUAAACCGCAAGAGGUUUCUAGAAUGUCCAAUCGUCGCUAAACCGCCUCGUCACAAUCCUGAAGGGCAGGUUAUCUUGAUGGUGUUCGUUUUUAGUUCCAGGUGCGUAUACAUGGGAAAAUGUGCAGUGGCAUGAAGGAUCUGAGAGUGAUCAAUUUCUUACACAUUGUCUCUGGUCACAUCUGGUGACCAUUGUUAGCACUAAGGUUAAUGCCCUCGAGAUUUCGGAAGAUUCAAACACACUCUCCGAUGCCUUUGUGUGUUUCCAGCAAUGCCCUGAACUUCGUGCCUACUGGAUUGUCAACUGAAUUCAUAUUUGAUUUUACACUAGUGCUUGAUGUCGAAAUUGAGUGGAAUAUCCUGUCAGGAAACGGUUUCGUUCCGUAGAUUAGUAAAUUCUACUUCACGAGGACAUGUCUGCUAAGUUACAAUAUUCAACUUUAGAAAUCACGAAUGUA